CCUGAAUCCUUCCACGUCUGCAAUCAUCUUGAAGAGGUUUCCACUACUUCCAGCUUCAGCUAGCAGCCCAUCUGUUUUUCAGUAUAUAGUCGUAAACUGCGAGCCCGUAUCAUAUUCCCGCUGCAGCUGAAGCGCUGGGGUGAUGCCUGCACUCAACAAGAACAAUUCCGCUGUCAAGCGGAUAAUGCAAGAGGCGAGGGAACUUGCAAACGAUCCCUGCACCGAUUAUCAUGCAGCUCCUCUUGAGGAUGAUAUUUUUGAAUGGCAUUGCACACUUCGUGGCCCCGCUGGUACGGAAUUUGAAGGUGGCCUGUAUCAUUUCCGGAUAGUGCUUCCAGCAGAAUACCCCUUCCGACCGCCUUCUCUGAUGAUGCUUACGCCCAAUGGACGGUUCGAAUUAAACACCAAGAUAUGCAUCAGCUUUACAAACUAUCAUGAAGAGGAAUGGCAGCCCGCAUGGGGUGUUCGCACAGCUAUAAUCGGACUGCAAGGAUUUUUCCCUCUGAAGGGCCAGGCAGCUACUGGUGUUGGUUCUGUCGAAUAUCCCCCCUCAGAACGUAAGCGUCUGGCCCAAUUGUCACGGGAGUGGGUUUGCCCGCAGUGCAAUCAGUGUAAUCUAACGCAUCUCCCUGAUCCCCACGAGGGACCACUGACGCAUGUAAACGUACCAUCACCGUCGUCGGCCCCGCCUGCCGACACCGCGGAAGUCGAAGUUGUUCAAGACAACCCGGCCGCCUCCGUGGUAUCCACUCCUGUCCGUCAGUCCGAUAGGAUCGAAGAAGAGCGACAAAUUCACAUGCGUGGAACUGCGCAAUUUACGCGUCGUAGUUCACACCGGCCUCCCCUAAUUCUUGAUACUGCCAUUUGUGUGCUCCUUGUGUUGGUUCUAGCGUUAGUCUGUCGUCGGGUUUUGUGAUGGGUAUGACGUAUUAGUACUAGUAGAGUAUAUUUCGUAUUCUACUAUUCGGAACUUUGUUGUAAGUAUAGUUCAACCGCUCCUACGUUCUAGAUGGUUUCUCGACACACGUUGGAUGAAUAACCGUCGACAAAUAUUUUUCCGAGGACUCGAUCAUUAUGUUAACAUAAAUUUGUCAUUG